UCUGUACUGUGUAUUUUGCUUUUUCAGGAGAUCCAGCAAUUGGUGAUGGCGUGACUCGCCAUUUCUUUGCAAGCAUCAUGUCCAAACUUCAGUAUGGUUUUGAGAUGAAUUUUGUACCAGGAGGAACUCUUCUUUUUGAGGGGGAACAAGAUCAUCUGAUUCCCUCCACUUGGCAUUACCUUUUGGAGAGUGACUUCUUUGUUGUUGCUGGCCGAAUGAUUGGUCAUUCAUUCCUCCAUAGUGGGCCAUGCCUUGGAGGACUCAGCCCAGCUAUCCUGCAUGUGCUCUUUGGUGGAUCCCCAGAAGAAGCCAUAAUAGAUAUUAAGGACUGUGCUGACCUUGACAUCCGUGAGACAAUCAAAGUGGUCCUUGGAAGAACCUCAAAACAAGUGAAACAGUUACGAAGUGGGUUAAAAGAGACACCGAUCUGGCCUUUGCUAACUGAGAGGAAAGACACAAUUCCCCUCCUCUUUACAAGAGCAUCUGAUGUACAGUGCACACCACAGAUGGUCUUGGAGAAGAUAAAGUGGCCAACAGAGGAUGAGGAUGAAGACAGUGAUGUCUCUUUGGAGGAUACAUGUCGAACCACAGGAUUCCUUCGCACAUUUAUUGAGACCGCGUCUCCAAGCAUCCUUGGGAAACUCGUGCAGUUCUGGAUCGGAUGGAAUGUGCUUCUCAGACACCAGCUGGAUAUUAACGUGGUGGAGCUGAAACUUCCAGGACAUUACAAAGACUACUGUAACUUUGAAAGAGACAUUCUUGCUGCUAUUUGUAGCACUGACACUGGGUUUGGAUUGGUCUAGGGAGACUGUACAUCAAUAUAUCACUCUGUACACUUU